AGAGUCACCGCAGUGGCUGAGCUGCUGACAGGAGGCGGCGGCGGAGGAGGAGGCGAGGCAAGACCUGCGGCUCCGCGGGGCCACUGCCGCGGUAGCUCUAGGCAACCCCACGGAGCUUACGCCGGCCACAGUCAGCCCGCGAGCCUCUCGCCGCCUGUCCGUCCUUCCAUCCGCUUUUUCGCCCUACGGGUCCGGGGCGGCCUAGUCUGCAUCAUCUGCCGGGCUUCUGGGGCCGCCGCCCCGCGCGGUCCCGUCGGCGUCCCUGGCCGCGCCCGGCCCCUGGCCCGCUCGCCCACCGGCACCAUGAUGGAGGAGAUCGACCGGUUCCAGGUGCCCACCGCGCACUCGGAGAUGCAGCCGCUGGACCCAGCCGCCGCCUCUAUCUCAGACGGAGACUGUGACGCCCGGGAGGGUGAGUCAGUAGCCAUGAAUUACAAACCAUCCCCGCUCCAAGUGAAGCUGGAAAAGCAGCGGGAGCUGGCCCGGAAGGGUUCCCUGAAGAACGGCAGCAUGGGCAGCCCUGUGAACCAGCAACCCAAGAAGAACAAUGUCAUGGCCCGGACGAGGCUGGUCGUCCCUAAUAAAGGCUACUCCUCGCUCGACCAGAGCCCCGAUGAGAAGCCACUGGUAGCUCUGGACACAGACAGCGAUGAUGACUUUGACAUGUCCAGAUACUCUUCCUCUGGCUACUCCUCUGCAGAGAUCAACCAAGAUUUGAACAUCCAGCUGCUGAAGGACGGCUACCGGUUAGACGAGAUCCCCGACGAUGAGGACCUAGAUCUCAUCCCCCCCAAGUCCGUGAACCCCACCUGCAUGUGCUGCCAGGCCACUUCCUCCACCGCCUGCCACAUUCAGUAGCGGGCGGGGUCGCCGCGGCGCACGGGGCGGGGCCGAGUCGGGCCAGGUGGGGCCGGCAGGGGCAGACCCCUACCCAGCUGGCCCACUGGCCCCCUUACAACCCCGAGCCCCUUACAGCCGCCAACCUCGUAACAGUCAUUGCUUCCUCCUAUGGUAGGACGUGUACCUCUGUGUGUUCAUGGAGCCGGAGAAACCAAAACCGGGUCUGUCUCCAGCCCCGGGGCUGGGGGUGGGGGCACUGUAUGUUCAGUUACUUGGGGGAAACUACCCCAAGCACCCUGCCACCUCUCCCCAGAGCUGCAAUCAGGGGCAGCACUGAAGGCCAGGAGGCCAACUGUAAGCAGUCGGGUGAAGGGAUCACAAGGCCAGGGGUUUGGCCCCAGUGCCAGUGAAGCCAUGAAUUCCCCAACUCCAGCCUGGAAAGGAAGGAAAGGGAUUUGGAAAAGAAAAGGCCCCAAGCAAUGGGGACAGUUCUCAACACCUCAGAGCCCCUCCCCACCCCGUGCCAGCCCGUAUACCUAUUUGUGUUUCUGCCUCAUCUCCAGAUGGGAAGCCCGGCAAAGCUGUCCAAAGGGUACUGCCUCUCCACAAGAUCACUGCCUUCCCCCUCUGCUCUGUCACGCUCCCACUUCCUUACUUGCUGAGGAUUGGGGGCGGGUGGUGUGAGUCUUAGAGAGAGGCCAGGUUUGGGGUGGUAGGACCUGUUCUCAGAGCCUCUAACCAAUGCAUCUGUCUCUACCCUGUCUCUACCCCUCUCCCAGUCUCCUAGCUAUUGGUUCCAGGCUGGAAGCAAGAGAUAAGACUGGCCCCCAGUUCCCAAUUCCCCCUAGCUAGAGGUCCAGGAGGCUGGCUUCCAGAAAGGCUUUUCAAGGGCAAGCUUAAGAAAAAAUUGUGCACCAAGUAGCUGUGUGGAUGUGGUAGGGUGUGUGUGUAUGAAUGUGUGUCUGUGUGUGUGUGUCUGUGUGUCUGUGUGUGUGUGUCUGUGUGUGUUAAACCUGUCUGUCCAGGUCAGCCUGGUGGGUGUGUCUGUGUGUGUAUGAAUGUGUGUGUAUAUGAAUGUGUGUCUGUGUGUGUCUGUGUUUGUCUCUGUGUGUGUGUCUGUGACCAUGUCUGUGUGUAUGAAUGUGUGUCUGUGUGUGUGUGUCUGUGUGUGUUGAACCUGUCUGUCCAGGUCAGCCUGGUGGGUGUCUGUGUGUGUGUCUGUGUGUGUUGAACCUGUCUGUCCAGGUCAGCGUGGUGGGUGUCUGUGUGUGUGUCUGUGUGUAUGUCUCUGUGUAUUGAACCUGUCUGUCCAGGUCAGCUGGUGGGUGUCUGUGUGUGUGUCUGUGUGUGUGUCUCUGUGUGUUGAACCUGUCUGUCCAGGUCAGCUGGUGUGUGUGUGUGUGUGUGUGUGUGUGUGUGUGUGUGUGUGUGUGUGUGUUGAACCUGUCUGUCCAGGUCAGCCCGGUGGGUGUCUGUGUGUGUGUGUGUGUCUGUGUGUAUGAAUGUGUGUCUGUGUGUGUGUGUCUCUGUGUAUUAAACCUGUCUGUCCAGGUCAGCCCGGUGGGUGUCUGUGGUGGGGAAAUGACUGUGAUCUGUUGACUGGACAUAAGGCUGCCUGGGAAUGCAGUCAACUGAGGACGUAGCCUGGCAGUCAGAAGCCUGGGUUCUGACCCCGGCUCUGACAUUCUCCCUGAGCUCUUAAGCAGUUCCCAGGCUUUUCAGGGCUUCAGUUCUCUCAACUGGAAAAUAGAGAAGAGCUGACAUUACUGACAAAGUCUUUUCAUAUCUGAAGGAAUUUCUUCACAGGAAUUUCUGCAGAGGGCUAGAGAGCUGUCUCUGAGCACAGCUAGAAGGUGCCCUGAGGUGCGUGCCUGCAUAGGCGUGGGAAGCACAUGCAGAUUUGUUUGGAAAAGAGGGUGUGUGUGUGUGUGUGUGUGUGUGUGUGUGUGUGUGUGUGUGCAUGCACGUGUGGCUGUACGGGGUGUCAUGCAUACUGUUGCUUCUGCUGCUUUUGCUGAUCUGGGGGAGGAAAGCUGAGGAUACAACUCGAUGCCGAGGAGAUGGUAGCUCCCCUGGCUCGCAGUAGACCUGCCCUCAUAUAAAGACAACUGAAAGCCUCAGGUGGCUUGGCCUAUUCCCCAACAGCCUCCUCUCACCAAGCCAAAGUGGCCAAAGUGUGGCUUCUCCAGGCCUCCUGCUGACACCCCACACAGGCUGGGGUUUCCACUGUCAUGGCUACCACUCACAUACCACUCUCUGGGUACCAGUCCUGGGAGGUGGGGGCUGGAGUGGGCGUGGUGAGAGGAAGUGUGGGGCUGUCGGCUUAGGAAGGGAAGCACCUCUCCCUUACCACCCGUGGCUGCCCACUCCAAAGUAUCAGAGUGUAGCUGUCGACUCCCCACACCUCCAGUCCACCUUCCCUCCCCUAGUGCAGAGAUCCUAAUUAGAUAGAGAAAAUGCCAAGGGAGGCAAGUCAGAAAGUAUCCACAGGGGCCACAAGGCCCAUAGUGGCCCCCAUCUGAGUCCCUCUACCACCCUGGUUAACACCCCAUUACCCCUCAUCUGGGCCCCAGAACUAGAACUCCUACUGCCCCCACCCCACUGGGCUCUUUGACUCACCCUUCUAGAACAUGGGUACCUCCUCUUUGUAGACUGCUGCCUCUGCUGCUGACUUACUGUGGGAUUCUGGCCCAUCAAUGUCUGUGGCCCUGAGAGCCAGGGAAAAGUGCCCUCCCCACAGGACACACUCGUUCAUUAGCAGGCCAGGGCUUUAGACUGGGGUAGUAUAUACACCGUGGGUAGGGGCAGGAAGCUGGCAGCCAGCAGCUUCUGUGUCCAAGGAGAGUCCAAGGUCCCCUCCUCCCUCCCUGUCUGGAAGUUGAAGGGGAAUAGCCAGGGCCUUAGCGUGCCCCAGCUCCCCCCACCCCUUGUAGAUACUGCCUUAACACUCCCUCACCCUCGGCUGUGGCUGCCACCCAGCCAGGUUUCUCCGCGCUCACUAAUUUAUUUCCAAGAAGGUGUGUGGAAGACAUGAGCCGUGUAUAAUAUUUUUUUUAACAUUUCCAUCGCAGUAUUGACCAUCAUCCUUGGUUGUGUAUCGUGUAACACAAAUAAUGAUAUUAAAAGCAUCAAACAAG